AUGACAUCACCGACCUUGUUAAUAAGGGACUUAGAUGUGAUUAAGAACGUGCUGAUAAAAGAUUUUGAGUAUUUUGAAGAUCGUGUUAAAGAUGUUACACAAGCGCGAAACGGAAUACCUUCCAACAGAAAAGACUUUAUAGAUUUAAUUUUGGAAGCAAAAAAUCAAGGCAAUAUUUUAGAAACUAAAGAAGGCGAUAAUGUGGAAACUACGAUCAAGUGUGUGAAAUUGACUAACGAAGUAAUAGCUGCGCAAGCAUUUAUUUUUUAUACAGCCGGGUACGAAACUAAUGCAACUACUGCGGCAUACAUGUUGUAUGAACUUGCCAUGAAUCCUCAAAUACAAGAAAAAUUAAUAGCAGAAGUUGACGAAGUUCUAAACCGACACGAUGGAAAGAUAUCAUAUGAGUUGAUCAGUGAAUUGCCUUAUAUGGAGAAAGUGCUUAACGAGACUCUUCGAAAAUACCCUGUAAUAGAUAUACAACGACGUGCGAAGGCAAAUUAUAAUAUACCUGGGACAAACAUUACUAUUGAAAAAGGGACAAAUAUAGUGGUGCCAACAUUGGGCAUAAGUUACGAUGAAAAGUACUAUCCAAAUCCUACAAAUUUUGAUCCAGAAAGAUUUUCCCCUGAGAGUGAGAGUAAAAGACACAGUUGUGCUUUUAUUCCUUUUGGUAUUGGUCCUCGGUACUGCAUUGGUAUGAUGUUUGCAAGAAUACAGAGCCGUGUAUUCUUGAUGAAACUCCUGUCUAACUUCCGUGUAGAGACAUCCAAGAAUACACAAACCACCAUCACAUUUAACCCAGGACGCGUUGUUACUGCACCAAAAGACGGGAUAUAUUUAAAUCUUAUUCCAAGAAAAUCACAAUAUGACGCGAAAAACAAGUAAACUAAUGUGAAAACUUUUAAAUUAAACAGUUUUACUCAUAAUAACAAUUACUUUUAUCGAGCGUUAGCUCAGUGUUUCCUGCCACAAACAAGCUAAGUGCUAGAGAGUGAGUAAAUGGCUAUUUUUA